AAACAGCCUGUUGGUAGCCUCAAACAGCCUGUUGGUAGCCUCAAACAGCCUGUUGGGAUGGGCCGGUGGUAGGAGAGUCCCAGGCUCAGAUCCAGACGCUGGGGACAGAACCUCUGAGAGAAAGAUCUUUCCCAUGUCCUUUACCUGUUCCUUCUCAUCACUUGCCCCAGAGUCAUCAGAAACAGACAGACAUCAUCACAUCUGCUGGAUAUCUGUUCCUCUUCAUCCCCCCGUGCUGCCUGGUGAGACAUGGCGGUGAAUAUGACUCAGAUCCGGGACACAAAGUGGCUGACGCUGGAGGUUUGUCGGGAAUUCCAGAGAGGAACGUGUUCGAGACCGGACAGCGAGUGCAAGUUCGCCCACCCCGCCAAGAGCUGUCAGGUGGAAAACGGCAGAGUCAUUGCUUGUUUUGACUCACUCAAGGGCCGCUGCUCCAGGGAGAACUGUAAGUACCUCCACCCUCCGCCCCACCUAAAGACGCAGCUGGAGAUCAACGGGAGGAACAACCUGAUCCAGCAGAAGAACAUGGCCAUGCUGGCCCAGCAGAUGCAGCUGGCCAACGCCAUGAUGCCCGGCACGCAGCUGCAGCCUGUGCCCAUGUUUUCAGUCACACCCAGCCUUGCCACCAAUGUAAACGCUGCUGCAGCAGCGGCGGCAGCGUUUAACCCGUACCUUGGCCCGGUGUCGCCCGGCCUGAUGCCUGCUGACAUCCUGCCCAGUGGCCCCGUACUGGUCACCAGCAACCCCAACGUCCCCGUACCAGCUGCUGCUGCUGCCGCCGCUCAGAAACUCAUGAGGACGGACAGACUGGAGGUGUGUCGGGAGUACCAGCGCGGGAACUGCACCCGCGGGGAGAACGACUGCCGCUUCGCCCACCCGUCAGACAGCACCAUGAUCGACACCAACGACAACACCGUCACCGUGUGCAUGGACUACAUCAAGGGCCGCUGCUCCAGGGAGAAGUGCAAGUACUUCCACCCUCCGGCUCACCUGCAGGCCAAGAUCAAAGCCGCCCAACACCAAGUCAACCAGGCUGCAGCUGCUGCAGCCAUGACUCAGUCGGCUGUCAAAUCACUGAAGCGACCCCUCGACGCAACUUUUGACCUGGGGCUCCCUCCUGUCUUGCCUCCUUUACCAAAGAGACCUGCACUUGAAAAAGCCAACGGUGCCACCACCAUGUUCAAUGCUGGCAUCUUCCAGUACCAACAGGCCCUGGCCAACAUGCAGUUCCAGCAGCAGGCUGCCUUCAUACCAUCAGGCUCGAUAUUGUGCAUGACACCUGCAACAAGUGUUGUUCCCAUGAUGCACGGUGCUAAUCCAGCCACUGUGUCUGCAGCCACCACAUCUGCCACAAGUGUUCCCUUUGCAACCGCAACAGCCAAUCAGAUUCCAAUAAUAUCUGCAGACCAUCUGACUAGUCACAAGUAUGUGACCCAGAUGUAGGAGUCUCAACCAGAACAGUGAAGCGGAGCACGCUGGAGUCCAGUCACCCUUCAGCCUGUAACACCAAGAGCAAAAGGAUAAAAGGGAUAAAUCUGCAUGUUAACAUAGGAGGCACAGUUUGUUAGGAUUGUUUUCAUGUGAAAGUCAUGCACACUACAACACAACAAGAGAAAAGAACAUCAUUUGCAUUAUAGACUGCCUUUCGCUCUGUGGAGGCCACUUACCUUUAUUCACCGGAACACUCUGAAUGUUAAUGAGGUAACGAGUGGAGCAGUCGUCCAAAAAAAUAACCGACUGGAUUGGUACGUCCAUCGAGCAGGAACCAUGACUCGUGCUGUUUGUUUCUUUAUGGGUUGGUGGUCUUUGACCUCAAUGUGUUCAUUUGUUUACACAAAGGUGCACCUUGUUUUUCAUUUGAGGUAAAAUAAACGAAUGAUCUGACUGAAUCACAUACAAUAUGCAUGCACAAUGAUUUUAGUUUACGAUUUUAUUUUGUUAAAGGGAAAUCACUCAGAGGCAAAAUAGCAACUGAAUGUCUGUGAGGUGUCUUUCAAACCUUUGUAGCCUACCUUUCUAUCUCUGAAGCACAUUAACCUGGCAGGCAGCCCUGGAAAGUGCCAUACAUCUAGAAAACAACAGAUGAAUGGAAUUAAAGCAGAAUUAAAGCAGAUCAAGUCAAAGAUUCCCUUUAAUACGUCUGUUUCUCUUGGACAGCAUGUGGUCCCAUGAUGUGACUCCCUAUAGCGCCACCUGCUGAUUAGAUGAAUCAUUGUCUGCUUUCCUCAAAUCUACUGAAUGAAUUACUUUGUUUCCUUCUUCUUCUUGAUGUCAGUUGUUCAGACAGGAAGUGAUGGAUCUCUGCUGACUCAGAUCUCUCCAUGAUCACUGAGUCUGUAUGAUGAUGAGUUGUAUAUGGGGUCUUGGCCAAAGACCCUCUAAUAACCACCAUGUUACCAUGAAUAGCUUUGAAACAACAGAUGUUACCAUGAAUAGCUUUGAAACAACAGGCCGACCAGUUGGUAUCCAAACUGCUGUGAGACAGAAGUCUAAAUCCAUGUUGCGACUUGUGAUGGAUUUGUAUGACCUGACUUGUUUUUAUUUGUAUGAUUAUGCAUAUUUUAAGGCAGAUUUGUCGACGUAGAUUCAGUGUAGUGUAUAUAUAGUCUGACAUAUUUAAGAAUAUUUGUUAAAUACGUCUACCUGAGAGCUAUUUUCAGAUAGUCAGCCAAAGUCUUUUUGUGUCACUGUUCCUAGAUAUCGUGGGUAGACAUUUUUAAAAUGUGUGGGACAGUAGGACGGGGUGUUUAGAGUAGAUCUCUAGAACUCUUUGUUUUUGUUGUGUUCUGGUGUUCUUCAGGCAUAUUUAAUCGGUGGAUAGUACAGGGAACGUGGCAAGAAUAUAAACGAUUGUAUUACUCAUCCAAAGCCUUAGAAUGUACCAUCGGGUCAGCACAAUGCAACACGCCAUUCUGAACCAUCCAGUUGCCUAAUCGACGCCAUAUUAACUCACACACAGAGCACUAUGUAAUUGUCACUUUUUUGUCAGUGUUUUCUUAACUCUUUUGUGUUUUUUUCUUUAGAUGAGGAGUGUUUUACUUUAUUUUGUUUGGAUGAUAUUUUGAUAUUUAGUUCGGAUUUUUGGUUUUUCUCAUUAUAUUUAUCUUUCUUAUAAUGAAUAUAAGGUUAAAAAAAGUGUGUGUUUGUGUGUUCCUCAUGCACAGUUUCCUGAAAUUCCAUGUAAUGUUAAUUUUAGUAUGAUUAUGAUUGUAAACUCAAUAUUUUCUACGUUAUGCAUAUUGUUGAACUGUAUGCAUAUUGUUCAUUUCUCUAGUCUU